CACGCAUAUGUCUCUACAACCCGCUAUAAUUUAUACAGGGCGAUUAGUGCCCAAAUUUGCUUCGUCUCGUUCUCUUGCUUUGCAUUUGGGUUUGGAUUGGGGUUUGCGUCAGUGAAACGGAUCGGGGUUUCGUAAAGAGGGGUAGGAGAGGAUCGAUCCCCCACUCUUCUCGCCUCUUGGUUCGAUCGAUGGCGAGGAAGCGGAAAUCGGAGGCGACGGGGCUCGAUGAGGCCGAUCGGACGCUGUACUCCACCUUCUGCGCUGCCGCUAAUUCCCUCUCGCAGCUCUACACGCAGGCCAUGAACCAGCAGAAGCUUGCCUUCCAGGCCGGCGAGCGUCAUGCGCUGGAGAAGCUUUAUCAAUGGAUCAUGAGAAAGCAUGAGGAAGGGUCAAGGAUUACUGUAUCUGAUAUAGUUACCCAUAUUCAGAGUGAGAUGGAUUAUACUGGAGAAGAUGCAUUAAUCACUCCAAGAUCACCAUUCCAACAUGAACACCAACAAACAACAAUGCACAUAGCAAACUCUGGUGUCCAACCUCCAUCUGGUUUGUUUGGACAGCCAACAGUUGGACUUGCCCCCCGAAGUGGUCAUGCUGAUCAAGCGAAAAACUCAGUUUUCUCAAAUGCUCUUUCCAGCCCUGUACGCAGGAGCCUUCAACCAUAUCAGCUUGCUCAAGGAAGUGGAUUUUUUCCAAAUGCUGAUCUACAGACCGGAAAUGCAGGAGCUAGAAACCAGGAUUCAAAUCAAAACCGGGAAGCUAAUUCUCUCAGCUCCAACGAUUCAUCUAUGGAUAACGCAGAGAGCCCACCUCACGAAUCUUAUUGAGAACGCUUCUUGCCUUGUGAUUCAAAUCUAGUUCAAGAGCUUCAAACUACUGCAGCCUUCAAUCUAUGUUCUACUGUAAUCUAAGAGGAUACAAGAAAAGGCUAGUUGACGUCUGAACUAGAUUUUAUCAGCCAGUCGUGCCAAGCGAUGCAUGUGGUUGCGAAGAAUUCAAGUCGUAUAUAAUGUGUGCUUUGAUCGUCUCGUUGCCCUCGAAUGUCUCUCUCUAUUACAUUAUGGACUUAAACGUGAGUUGUCCAUUUUAGUUUUGUUUCUAAAACUGGUAAUUGCUUUGUACAUGAACAAGAGCUUCUUAUAUAAGUUGGUCCUGUAUUCCUACAACUGAUAUAUUUUAUGCUAUAGCAUGUUUGAAUGGGAA